CGGGAGGAGGAGGGGAGGGGGCGGAAGAUGGAGACGCACAUCUCCAGCCUGUUCCCCGAGCUGCUGGCCAUGAUCUUCGGCUACCUGGACGUGCGCGACAAGGGCCGCGCGGCGCAGGUGUGCACGGCCUGGCGGGACGCCGCCUACCACAAGUCCGUGUGGCGGGGGGUGGAGGCCAAGCUGCACCUGCGCCGGGCCAACCCGUCGCUGUUCCCCAGCCUGCAGGCCCGGGGCAUCCGGCGCGUGCAGAUCCUGAGCCUCCGCCGCAGCCUCAGCUACGUGAUCCAGGGCAUGGCCCACAUCGAGAGCCUGAACCUCAGCGGCUGCUACAACCUCACCGACAACGGCCUGGGCCACGCGUUCGUGCAGGAGAUCGGCUCCCUGCGCGCCCUCAACCUGAGCCUGUGCAAGCAGAUCACCGACAGCAGCCUGGGCCGCAUCGCGCAGUACCUCAAGGGGCUCGAGGUGCUGGAGCUGGGCGGCUGCAGCAACGUCACCAACACGGGCCUGCUGCUCAUCGCCUGGGGCCUGCAGCGCCUCAAGAGCCUCAACCUGCGCAGCUGCCGCCACCUCUCGGACGUGGGCAUCGGGCACCUGGCGGGCAUGACGCGCAGCGCGGCCGAGGGCUGCCUGCGCCUGGAGCAGCUCACGCUGCAGGACUGCCAGAAGCUCACGGACCUGUCGCUCAAGCACAUCGCGCGCGGGCUGGCGGGGCUGCGGCUGCUCAACCUCAGCUUCUGCGGCGGCAUCUCGGACGCCGGCCUGCUGCACCUGUCGCACAUGGGCAGCCUGCGCAGCCUCAACCUGCGCUCGUGCGACAACAUCAGCGACACGGGCAUCAUGCACCUGGCCAUGGGCAGCCUGCGCCUCUCGGGCCUGGACGUGUCCUUCUGCGACAAGGUGGGCGACCAGAGCCUGGCCUACAUCGCGCAGGGCCUGGACGGCCUCAAGUCGCUGUCGCUCUGCUCCUGCCACAUCAGCGACGACGGCAUCAACCGCAUGGUGCGCCAGAUGCACGGGCUGCGCACGCUCAACAUCGGCCAGUGCGUGCGCAUCACCGACCGCGGCCUGGAGCUCAUCGCCGAGCACCUGAGCCAGCUCACGGGCAUCGACCUCUACGGCUGCACGCGCAUCACCAAGCGCGGCCUGGAGCGCAUCACGCAGCUGCCCUGCCUCAAGGUGCUCAACCUGGGCCUCUGGCAGAUGACGGACAGCGAGAAGGUCAGGUGAGGGCGGCUGGUCCUACCCCCCCACCCCCGCGCCCCGGCCGGCCGGCCGCCGCCGAGGGAUGCGCCGGGCCGAUGUCUCUGGCCUCCUCCUCCCCGGGUCCCGGGCUGCUCUUGCCCCGGGAUGGAUGGAGAGGGGCCCGGCCGGAGCCGCCCUCUCCCUGCCCCCCGCCCCCUCGAGGCAUUUGGCACUGGGGGUGGGCAGGCUGGUUCUUGCCGUCCUGGGGUGGGGGGGAUGCGCCUGCGGAGAUGCCCGCCUCGACUUCAGCGUCCCUUUGAAUACUGUGAUCUGGUUUUGAGUUGGAGAUGGAUGAGGAAAGCAACCCAGCUACAACGGCCUCUUCGCCCCCUUCCACGUUGGAACGAAUUUCAGUCCCUUCUCAUUUCUGCACCCGCUGCGGAACCCUGCCAUCGCGCACAUUUCAUUUUGGAUGCCCUUUCUCUUCCUCGGACAAAAAAAAAAUGUUUGGAGAAAUUUGGAAUUACUUUUUCCCCCCUCUGCUGAAUAUAUCCUAUAUAUUAUAUAUAUAUAUAAGUUAUAUAUAUAUAUAUCUAUCUCAAAGUGUCUGGCUACCUCGUUUUAGUUUACUCUUUCCUCUGAAGCCCUGGAAUUCUACAAGAGAUAUUUUGAGACUGAAACAUUUUUGUGCCUAGACUGGAAAGAUGCUCAUUGGGUUUGUACAUCUUUUUUUGUUCUGGCUUCUUCUCAAACCGCACCCGUCCAGUGUGCCCCAUACCCACAAUCUGGCUCUUUUUUUUGGGGGGGGGGCUGCCUCUCCUUGCCCAUUGUGAUUAGAACACCCAAUGUUAUUCCUAAAUGUUGACUUAAUUUAUAGCACAAGUGUGUGGGAGAAAUGAGAGUUGAACUGUUUUUGUUUGUUUGAGAUGCAGAUUGUGUCUUGAAGAUGAUGAUUAUAUAUGCAAAUUCUGCCCUCCCCAUCCUUACCCACUUGGAAGUUUCCCUAUGAAAAGGUCACACAGUGAGGCCGGUCCGCGGGAGCAGAGCUGGCCUGAGCCUGAGCAAGCCCCGGGGCCUGUAAUGUGAAGGGGAGGAAAGUGAAAUUCAUGUCUUAUCUCUGUUCUGUUAAUAAAAAGAAAAAAAGGGGGGAGGAGUUUGUGGGUUAAAAAAAAAAAGAUUCUGUUUCCAAAUGGAGGAUUAGAUGACUUUGUUUGGUGGCGUUGGGACUUGCGGCUUUAAAGAAAAUUGCUUUUUGAGUAGGGUGUAUGAAUUUCUGUUGGAUUUUAUUUUUUUAGAGUCCUCCACAACAACAUGUGAGACCAUGGAGUUAAAAAAAAAAACCCAGAGACCUUUAUCAAUUAAUUGUACUGUUUGUGAAUUUGUAUAAAUAAUAACAAAGAUCCUCUUAAAACAUUUAUAUUCUUACAGUAAAAGGUUAAACUGAUAUUUAUAUAAUAAAAGAGGAAAUAUGAAGUAUGUUUUUGAAAAAAAAACAAGACAAAAAACAAAA